UCCUCUUCUUCUUGCAUAUUAUAUAUAGGACUGUAAUUAAUCCUCCCUCCCUAUUCCUACACGUUCUAACCCAUCAUGGUAAAACAUUUAAAGACAUAAUUAAAGAAAGUCAAGAAAAUCAUCAAUUCAUCAUCUUCUCUUCCCGAUGUAUAGGUUGGAGGCCAAAAGCCGGCCCUAAUUCUUCAUUGCCUCUUCAUUUUCGGCCUUCCUUCACCUUCACCACACGAGUUCUAGUUCUGGACUGGUAGGUGGUAAUAUACUCGAAGUUACAAAUAUUAUAGGUACUCGAAGUUCUAAUUCUGCACGUGCUUGCGUUAAGUAGAAUGGUUAUGAGUACCACCUUUUCGGACCCAACAGCGCCGCCGCCGCCGCCACGGCGCCCUUCCUUUAUCUGUGUCCGCCACCCCAACGGUCAUUACACCGGCUUCUGUCCCUCUUGUCUUAGCGAGCGCCUCACCACCGUCAAAUCCUGUCCCUCCGCCGCCGUUAAAUUCGCCUGUUCGUCUACGUUUGAAGAAAACAACUUGCCGCUGCCAUUACAACCUCCGAAAUCUUCAGACCCCGUUUCAUUUCCAUUGAAGCCUAAGGAUCGCUUCGAUAUUGGUACUCCGGGUAGGAAGAUUUUGGGGGGAGCUUUCUGGGAAAUUUUCAGCAAGAAAUGGCGCAACUGGCGGGGAAAGCAUAAGAACAAGAAGCAGCGUGAUGCUGAAAAUUUAGCUUCAUUGUCUAAUCAAUUUAGGGAGACUCAACCGGAGGUUGGUGAUUAUGGGUUUGGGAGGAGGUCCUGUGAAUUUGAUACUAACCCCAGAUUUUCAGUUGAUGCUGGGAGAAGCAGUAGCUUAGAUAUUCCAGAAUAUUCAUUUGAGGAGCCUCGAGCUUCUUGGGAUGGAUAUAUAAUUGGGACUGGGAAAGGAAGGAGUAUUUCAAGAAUGGCGGCAUUGAAGGAUUCCCAAUAUGUUCAUGCAUCAGAAUCAGGAUCUUGUGCACAGAUUCCUGCAGCAGGAUGCAUGGAUGAGGACGUCAGCAUGCCCGGAGGAUCGAGGCAGACGAAGGAUUACUAUCUCGGCUCUUCUUUGAGGAGGAGAUGUAAUAAGAUUAACAAGAAUGGGACUGGGGCCUCUGUGGUUGCUGCUGAGAUUGAUGAUCGAAAGAUUGGCUUCAAUUCGAAGGUUUUGCCUACUACCAUUGCAGAUGGUUUCUGCCAGGCCGAAGUUUUAGUUGGAGAAAAAGACAUGGACUCUACUCAGAAAAAGAAUGUUUUGCUAACAAGGAUCAGCCGGAGAAGAAGGGAGCUAGGCUAGGGAAGAUCAAGCCCAAUAAAUAAUAAAUCGCGAAUGGAUGGAGGAGUUUAUGUGAGCCACAGCCACAGAUUCAUUAGCAUUGAUCUCCCUCUUUCUACUUGAUUAUAUUCAUGGUGAUUUGGUUUUAGGUCUUAUUGAACAAGUAGCCAGCCUUGCAUUUUGAACUGAUAUGUAUACAUAAUAACGUAGAUUCCGCAGCAGCCAAGCCCAUUUUUUUGUUGCACACCUCGGCCGUCCAUGUGUAAUGAUCUCGACUUGCAGCCAUGGCCAAUGCAUCAAAAUGAUCAUAGUUUAUUGGUCUAUAUUAUGAAGUUAACCUCUCAAGUUCUUGAAGAACUUUCUUUCAUUCUCGUCUCUGUCAAUGUAGUCUCAGAAUCAGUUAUCUUUUUCUAAUUUGCUCAACUCCACAUAUUGUCCCCACCCCAACUCCUCAUGUUUCCCAUUACCAGUUCAAUAAAAUGAAAAAA